AUGACGUCUUCAAUGGCCUAUCCUCAGAGUCUGGGUGCAGACUCUGCAGACCCUACUGAUUCUAGUUCUCUUGCUGACCCUAGCAGUAGUGGUGUCCCGGAUGCUACUGGAGUCGCACCAACAGAUAGUGGAUUACCUGGCGGAUUAGGUGAUGCCAGUGCCUAUCCUAGCGAUGGAGGACUCGGAUACCCUGGCGCUACAGACUCAUAUCCUCAAGCCUCUCCAUAUGACACCACUCCUUAUUACGGCAACGCCGCUCCAGCUGAUGCCUCCAACUACGGUUAUCCUGACACCGGUGCCGCCGCUCCAGUUGACAACGUCGCUCCAGCUGACUCCAGCUACGGCUAUCCAGGAGCCUAUCCAGCUGACUCCAGCUACGGCUAUCCAGGAGCCUAUCCAGCUGACUCCAGCUACGGCUAUCCAACUGCUGACUCUAGCUACCCGUCCUCCUCCUACCAAUAA